AAGCCCAAAGCUGAAGGAAAGUACUUUAGUACAUGUUGGUAGAGCAGCACAGCACUGGACUUAUUAUUCCUCCAAACACAACCUUCCAUGCACUAAUUGCAACAUUCCCUUUGGACUAUUCUGGCAGCAAGUUUCUGCUUUACCAAUGUUUUUGCCUCUUUGUAUCCCAAAAACAGGAGAGAUAAUAUGUUUGUGGCAUUUCCCCACACAUAUCAUAGCCAUUAGGCACUAUAUGAAAAUCGUUAGCUACCUAGAUUGACAAAUCAACAUCUUCUUUUUGGACUUUGCACCUUAUUUGCCGAUUCUCCUUCCUUUACAAUUUUAUUGAGGGACUCAAAUUUAUUAAACCAUGCUUCCAUCACACUAUAUAUAGACACGUAACUCACUUCAUGCCUCCUUAGACUUCUGAUAUGAUAAUCAUGCACUCCUCAAUAGCUCUGCUGCAAGAAAGGUUUAGAGAACUGCAGAGGGUGAAAGAAAUGAGAGAGGAAAGAGAGCUGCUCAAAAUGAUGCUCAACUCUGAUCAUCAACCUUCUAAGUCACCAUCAUCGCCUUCUCCGCCACCGCCGCUGCCGCCACCCCGUGUUUCUCUUUCUCUAUGGCCAACAUCAUCGCAGGACGACAAGAAGAAGAAGACAAAUGCAGGAGUACCCUUGAUGAUGGCAGAUUGUGCAAGUAAACACUGCCUCCAUGCUUGUUCAUGUGAAGAUUGGGAUUCUAACUCUGCUGAUUCUGAUGGUGUUGAUACUACUCUUCGUCUUUAGUGUACACUGUACUAUACUUGCAUUGUAUAACUACUAAUGUAGUUUUUAUGAUAUAUAUAACAACGAAUCUGUGAUGAUGACCAUAUAUAACUGCCCUGUUUCAUUUUCUCGGAUUUCGUCUUUAUUGUAUUAGGCUAUUAGCAUGAGCUCGUUAAUUUGAACUAGGGAUGGAAUAAUGUAUGUGUAUAUGUUCUUCAAUCAGUGUAAGCAAUUAGGCCUAAAUGCGAUGUUAUUGUUGGAAAGUACCAAAGUGGCAAUCUUUGAUCAUGGGCAUGGCCCGUAUGGGAAAUAUCAAAUAUGUAUCAAGAAAAUGACAUAUGAGUAGAUGAAUAUAUAUUAUAAAUAUUAUAUACAUGCAGGAAUAGAUCCCUUUGGACGAGUAAAUGAUUGCCAUGCAACAACGGUUUACCAAAAUAAUAGAACAAGUAAUGAAGAUGAAUUCAAAGCUCAAUGAAUCUAAAUUGUCUUUUUCUGUAUGUUUUUGUGUGAUAGAAUACACAAAAACUCCAAACAGUACCUCAUUUCUUUCUUACAACAUUAUUACUUCUUGCAUACUGAGAUGAGGUACUGUUUUUAGUGAGGGUCCAGUCAAUUGAUCCAAUCUACACUCAUUACGCCUAGAUUUAAGAACUAGGGGGAAAAAGAAAAGAAAAGAAAAAAGGUGAAAAAGUAAAAUUCAAAACCAAAAAGAGCAAUGGCUCUCAAAGAUAGGUACUAAAUGGCUAAGGAAAGAAAUCUGAAACGGUUUGUUAUGCUUUUGAAAUUUUCACUUUAUAUAUUGUGCUCCCAAUAGGAUAAGCCUUUAGAACUUAAUCUUGUAUGAUAAGGACUAUUUGUUCUUUAUUUCUUGUACACAAUUAAAAGUUGAGUCACUUCUUUAUUUGAAGC